AUGAACAUCACCGGUGAGGAACAUUUGGCGAAAGAUGCUUGGAAUGUGCUUGCGAAUGGCAACUCAACACCUACCCCAAACCUAACUGUGGGAUGGAUGGAGCAGCCAACUGGAAAGCUAAUAGAUCAAACCAUUACUGUCAUUUCAGUCAUUGCUUUGUUCAUCACAAUGAUCUCACUGGGCUGCACGAUGGAAUUACCAAUGAUCAAGCUUCACAUUUUGAAACCUAAGGGGGUGCUGAUUGCAGUGUUUUCUCAAUACGGGAUUAUGCCCUUUACAGCCUUCAGCCUCGCCAAGAUGUUCAGUCUGUCUUCCAUUGAAUCCCUGUCUCUCCUUAUUUGUGGCUGCUGUCCUGGUGGAACACUCUCCAAUAUCUUCUCACUGGCACUGAAUGGAGACAUGAAUCUCAGUAUUGUGAUGACCACGUGCUCUACAGGGCUGGCACUUGGCAUAAUGCCCCUCCUACUUUAUCUCUAUUGCAAGGGCCUCUCGCUGGCAAGUAAAGUUCCGUACAGAGAGAUUUCCAUGACCCUGGUCUUAACCCUCAUUCCUUGUGGCAUUGGCAUUUUCCUCAAUAGCAAGUACCCAAAGUACUCAAAGACCAUAACAAAAACAGGCCUGUUUAUUCUCCUCGGCGCAGCAUUAAUAAUUGGCAUCUUGUCAGGAAUGUCAAUUGGGAAUACUGUCUGGAUGCUUUUCUCCCCUCGCCUACUUAUCGCCACGGCACUAAUGCCCACUAUUGGAUAUACUUUUGGCUAUGCCCUGUCGUGCUUAUGCAGGUUACCAGAAAGGUGCAAACGGACUGUUUCUAUGGAAACUGGAUGCCAAAAUGUUCAGCUGUGCGCUACCAUCCUCAAAGUUGCUUUUCGCCAAGAAGAUAUAGCUGCUCUUUACUUAUUUCCGUUCAUUUUCUUGGUGUUCCAACUCUCUGAAGCAUUAAUUCUUAUAGUGAUCUAUCAAAGUUACCAAAGGAUAAAAAAAUCUAAGGAACAGAGUGCCAAAAUGAUUUACGUGCCUGUAGAGGACACAAUGAAACAGCUCACAGCUUCUGAAUUAGCGAAGCCUUGUGGCCCUGCGGACACCUCCGAGAGCAGUAAAAUGGAGUCUUCUAUAUAA